AUGGUUUUAAACUCCACGCUCUCAGAGGGAGACUUGGCCGACUUGGGCGCGCUGGCGCAGAGACUCUUUGGGAAUAACUCACUUUUUUCUUUUGAUAACAACACCGCCGCGUCCAAACCAGAGGAGGAAGACCUGGAAGUGAACACGGACGUUUACUCCAGGGUGAUAGUCACUAUCAUCUACGUGGCCCUGUUCGCUGUGGGCUCUCUGGGGAACUCCAUCACCCUGUACACCCUGCUAACCAAAAAGACCCUGCAGAACCUCCAGAGCACCGUGCACUACCACCUGGCCAGCCUCGCCGUCUCCGACCUGCUGAUCCUCGUGCUCUCCAUGCCCAUCGAGCUCUACAACUUCAUCUGGUUCCACCACCCGUGGGUGUUCGGGGACGCCGUGUGCAGGGGUUACUACUUCCUCCGGGACAGCUGCUCCUACGCCACCGCGCUCAACAUCGCCAGCCUGAGCGUGGAGCGCUACAUGGCCAUCUGCCACCCGUUCAAAGCCAAGAGCAUCAUGUCCCGCAGCCGCACCAAGAAGCUCAUCAGCGCCAUGUGGCUCGCGUCCUUCGCCUUCGCCACGCCGAUGCUCUUCAUCAUGGGCCAGGUGACGCGUAAAAGCGAGAAGAUUUGCACCGCCAUCGUCUCACCUGUCACCAUUAAGACUGUGCUUCAGGUAAAUGCAUUCCUGUCCUUUGUGAUUCCCAUGGUGGCCAUAUCUGCACUGAACGGGGUCAUAGCCAACCAGCUGCUGCGAAUGUUCCGCGAGGCAGAGCAAGAGAACCGUGUGUGCAUCAUCGGGGGAAAUCCCACCAUUCUGAAUGUCACUGUGGAGCCCAACCGCGCUCAGUCGCUUCGCCAUGGAGUUCUUGUUCUACGGAUCUGUUUUAGCAUCUGCAGACUCCUCGUCACCUGCAUAGGUGUCACCAUGCUGUCUCACCAGGUGUGGUUUUCACCCUGCCUUCCAGCUCUGCUCCACACACCUUUCUGCAAUCAACCCAUCAAGAUAACAGUACAUCUACCCCAGUGCUCCAUCUACUUCGUGCCAGUCUGCCAACCAGCUAUCUGCAGAUUACUCCUCACCCCUCUGCCUGCCUGCAAGCCUGCCAUCUUCAGUAAGCCAUCUCCUUAA